AUGGCUAAAAGAAUCACAGGAGGUUUAAAAAACCCUCAAAAACAAGCACAGCCGAAAAAGUCGAAAUCAAAACCAAAUACUACAGAGAAAGAUAGUGUGAAGGAGAAACAAACUAAAAAACAACCAUCAAAAAGUAUCUUUAAUAGAGACAAUAGAUUAUCUUCAUUAUUUUCUUCGCAAACGGAAUCUCAAAGUCCAAGACAAACAACAUUCUCAUCUGACGAUACUGAUGAUGAUGAUUUAUUCAAUCCAAAAGAGACCUCAUCAAAAUCAAAAAGAAGGAAAUUAAGUACGCCUAUAACCCAAUUUAACCAUAUUGAUUCCGAUUUAGAUAAUGAACUCGAUAAUUCAUCUGAUGAUAUUUUCGCAGCACAAGCUCCAAAAAAGAAAUCAAAACUUAACAGAAAGAAAGCCUCGAAACCACAAAAUCAUGAAACGAAUCAACUAAGAUCUCCCUUGCAAGAUAAUAAUGAACAAGAAUUAGAACCAUUUAGAAAAUUAAAUCAUGAAAACAAUCAUAGUCAAUCGCUUAGUCAAAGUCGAAGCCAAAGUAGGCGACUGUCUUAUUAUAAUCGUGGAAGACGUGUCAGCUCUAUUGGUGGAUUUGAUGGAGAACCUCAUCAAGAAGUUCCCUCCACAUCAUAUCAUAAAUACAUAGACAAUUCAGUCCCAGAAUCUGAUAGAAUGAGACAAUUACUAAUUUGGAACUUAAAAGCUGACCUAGAUAUUUAUGAAAAGGAAAUGAAAAGUAAACAAGCUGAAUUUCAAAUGGAGGAUCAUACGGUAUUCAACAUAUCAAGAACAAUCAAGGAAGAAUUAAUACUGCUGUUGAAAGAUUAUUCAAUAUCUAUUGAUUGGAAAGAUGGGGAUGUUAACAAUUCAGAUAUCCUUCUACCAAAUCCUCAAAAUCAAACUAAUUUGGAAAACAUACGUAUUUAUUCAGACAAGAUAGAAAAACUUAAAAGAGAAAAAAUAGAAUGGGAAGAAGCUUAUAAAAAACAAGGUCUACCGAUAAAUGAUUUGAAUCACCACGCAAAAAUCGACGAUGUCAAAGUUGAACAAUUCUCAGCCAAUUUAGAGAAUCAAUAUUAUGUUUUACAUGAAAGCUUAAAAAAAACGGUGCCUUGUGUUGAUAAAUUAUAUUUUUCAAGUUAUCAAAUGGAGAGCGCCACAAAAUUAAUUGAAUUGGAAAAGGAUCAAAUUAGCAAGAAAGUAUCUAAUCAUAUCAACAAAUUUCCUAUUACCAAACAAGAACCAUCUACGACCAAAAACCUACUAAAAGCCAUUUGUAAAUUGAAAGCACAAUGA